UUUUGUUUACCACUUUAUUCUAUUUCUUAAUAUGUAUUUAAAGGCUACCAAGUGCCUAAUGAAAACCACAACAAAACAACCCAUUCUUAAACCAAAAUGGACCAAUCACUCUCCAACUACAGCACCAACAAAAACUUACCAUCAUCUAACCCCGAAAAGCGGCUCUUAACCGCCACCAAUCCGUUAACAACCACCAACCCCUUUACUGGGGUGUCCAACUCACCAAUGAACCAACUGCAGCAACAACCACUCCAGCAACACCCCCAACACCAACAGCAGCAGCAGCCACUUAUGGGCCCUAUGACUAACUCAAUGGCACAGCAGCAGCCACUUAUGGGCCCUAUGAUUAACCCAGUGGCACAGCAGCUACUGGGUAUGUCACCUAACUCAAUGUACCAGCAGCAGCAGCCAAUGGUUCCCAGGAGCAACUCGCUGCUAAACUCGAUGAUUAACCCGAUGCAUACCCCGAGACAACAUGAGAUGAUGGGUCCCAUGCAUAAUCCAAUGAUGCAGCAACUGAAUAAAGGUGAAAGAAACUCGAUUUUUAGUGCUUCGGAUGACAAUGUUAUCAUGAAGCAAGUACUUGAUACUCAUCUCCCUGAUGGCACUGAUGUUGAUGUCAAACCACUGGUCCACAUUGUGGAGGAAAUCCUUAAAUAUGCCACCAUUCAUGCUACCGUCGAUGUUGAUUCUACUUCAUCGGUUGCACAUACAGAUGUCGGAAAACUGGAGGGAAAAUCGCACCAGCUCAGCGCACACCAAACUAAUGCACACCAAAUCAAUGCACAGCAAACCAGUAUAGUUCUGAUUCAACUGUCGCACAUAAUCGACAAGCUGGCUUGCGAGAUGUCAUUCAAGUGCUUAAGUGGCGCGGAUGGACACACAACCGCACUUGCAUUAUUUCACGAGGUGGGAAACUACCACUGGGACGCGAAGCUGGCGUUGAUCCUUGCAGCUUUUGCUCUAAACUAUGGUGAAUUCUGGCUUCUAGCUCAGAUUUAUUCAUCGAAUCAACUUGCAAAAUCAAUGGCUAUUCUUAGACAAGUACCAACGAUUAUGGAGCAUUCGGCCCCGUUGAAGCCCAAAUUCGAUGCACUCAACAAACUCAUUCACUCAGUCCUCGAGUUAACUCGGUGCAUUAUGCAAUUUAAGGAGCUGCCACCUAUGUAUGUCUCUACUGAGGUUCCAGCCAUGGCUAGAGCGUUACAGGCAGUUCCUGCUGCAGUUUACUGGAACGUUAGAGGGAUUAUCGCUUGUGCUGCACAGAUCACUAGCCUCAGCAGCAUGGGACAUGAGUACGGGAUAUCAGCCUCUGAGAUGCAGUCAUGGGAAUUAUCCACCUUAGUCCUUAAGAUCAACCACUUACAUGAGUUUCUCAAGAAGCAAUUGGAGGAAUGCCACCGUGUUAUAGGAGACAGGAAGGAGUUGGAGUUCAGAAACUCUUUCAAUCAGCUAUUUGAAACAAUCCAUAUAGACAACAUGAAAAUCCUCAAAAUCUUGCUUAAUUCAAGGGAUGACCCACUGCCACUUUUCGAUGGGGCUACUAAAAAAAGGGUAGGCUUAGAAGUUCUAAGGAAAAGGAAUGUGUUGCUGCUAAUAUCCGGGCUGGACAUGUCACGUGAUGAACUGUCGAUUCUUGAGCAGAUUUAUAGCGAGUCUCGUGUUCAAGGGUCCAGGAUCGAUUCUUUGUAUGACGUGGUGUGGGUCCCUAUUGUGGACCCCUAUGUUGAGUACACUGAAGCUAUGCACAUGCAAUUUGAGGAGAUGAGGAAUAAUAUGCCAUGGUACUCAGUGUACCACCCUUCAAAUAUCGACAGGGCGGUGAAGAAGUCCAUUGGUGACAGGUGGCACUUUAGGAGCAGGCCUAUCCUUGUCGUGUUGGACCCACAAGGAAGAGAGUUGAGCCCGAAUGCAUUGCACAUGAUGUGGAUUUGGGGAAGCACCGCCUUCCCGUUCACCACUGCUAGAGAGGAAGCUUUGUGGAGGGAAGAAACGUGGAGGCUAGAGUUGCUAGUCAGUGGCAUGGACCCGACCAUACUCGAUUGGGUAAGAGAUAACAAAUACAUCUUCUUGUAUGGCGGGGACGACCUUGAGUGGAUUCGCAAAUUCACAAGAAGUGCACGGGCCAUGGCUUCGGCUGCAGGCAUCCCACUAGAGAUGGCAUACGUUGGAAAGAGCAAGAAAAGAGAAAACGUACGAAAGGCGAUCGCCACCAUUAACGUGGAAAAGCUAAGUUACUGCUGGCAAGACACCACCCUGAUCUGGUUCUUCUGGACCCGAUUAGAGAGCAUGUUGUAUUCCAAGAUCCAACUCAAACGGGCUGACGAUCAAGACCCGAUAAUGCUGCAGAUCAAGAAGCUACUCAGUUACGACAAGAACGGAUCAUGGGCUUUGCUUUGCCAAGGAUCAACGAUUCUGACGAAUGGUCACGGCACCACCAUGUUGCAAACCCCUGCUGACUAUGACCUAUGGAAAGAACACAUCAGUACUAGGGGUUUCAAUUUGUCGUUUAAAGAGUACCAUGAUAAGCUUCAUGUUGCAGCAAAUAACUGCUGCCGCUUUGAGUUUCCCCAUGCAGCAGGUAGAAUUCCCGAAGGCAUGCGCUGCCCUGAGUGCCAUCGGAUGAUGGAGAAACACAUUGCUUUUAUCUGUUGCCAUGACCAAACCGGCCUUCUUGAACCCUACUGAUCGAGUAAUAUCAACCCGCAGCCUAUGAUGCUAGUACUAUUUAUUACUAAGUGAAUAAACAGCAGCAUGUGAUUGUUUCUGUUAUGCUGCUGUAUGAGUGUGUGAAGAGUGUAAUUGUGUUUACCUGAGUGUAAUAUGGUGGGUCUAUACUUCUGUAUGAGUUGGAUGGAUCUCCUUUUGAUUGAUGUAAUAAAAUAUUUAUGAAUUUUAAUAAUAAACCUUAUUUCCAUUGAGGUAA